GUGUGGGCCAUGAGUGUAGAAGAUGGGGGUAUGCCAGGCCUAACCCGACCAAGACAGGCUCGCUGGACCCUGAUGCUGUUCCUGUCCACUGCCAUGUAUGGUGCCCAUGCGCCAUUCUUAGCACUGUGCCAUGUCGAUGGCCGAGUGCCCUUCCGGCCCUCCUCAGCUGUGUUACUCACUGAGCUGACCAAGCUACUGUUGUGCGCCUUCUCCCUCCUGGUAGGCUGGCAAACAUGGCCCCAGGGUGCACCACCCUGGCGCCAGGCUGCACCUUUUGCCCUGUCAGCCCUGCUCUACGGCGCCAACAACAACCUCGUGAUCUAUCUGCAGCGUUACAUGGACCCCAGCACCUAUCAGGUCCUGAGCAACCUCAAGAUCGGAAGCACAGCUCUGCUGUACUGCCUCUGCCUUGGGCAUCGCCUCUCUGCACGUCAGGGCUUGGCACUGCUGCUGCUGAUGGCUGCAGGGGCCUGCUAUGCAUCAGGUGGCUUUCAGGAACCUACGAGCACCCUUCCCGGGCCCCCAUCAGCGGCUGGAGCCCGUCCCAUGCCCUUGCAUAUCACUCCACUGGGACUGCUGCUCCUCCUCUUAUACUGCCUCAUCUCCGGCUUGUCAUCCGUGUACACGGAGCUGAUCAUGAAGCGACAGCGGUUGCCCCUGGCUCUUCAGAACCUCUUCCUCUACACCUUUGGGGUGGUCCUGAACCUAGGACUGUACGCCGCCAGUGGCCCAGGCCCAGGCUUCCUGGAGGGUUUCUCCGGAUGGGCAGUGCUUGUGGUGCUGAACCAGGCUGUAAACGGACUGCUCAUGUCGGCUGUCAUGAAGCAUGGCAGCAGCAUCACGCGCCUCUUCAUCGUGUCCUGCUCGUUGGUGGUCAACGCUGUGCUUUCAGCGGCGCUGCUGCAGCUGCAGCUCACAGCCGUCUUCUUCCUGGCCACACUGCUCACUGGCCUGGCUGUGCGCUUGUACUACGGCAGCCCCUGA